GUGUGAGCGGGUGAGUGAGUUAGUUAGUCAGGCACCCUCCCCCCUCCUGCUACAGAGUCAGUCAUCGUAGAAAGACUACAGAGUACAGUCUUCGCCUCAGAGCCGAAAAAGGGAGGAGGGACGACUUCCGGUAGAGAGGGAGGCGCAUGCGCGCGCCUGCGGGCACCCGGGGACUGGUCCCUCCAGAGCGAGGCUCAGUGUGUGCCGAGUGGAAAGUCGGGUUUCUCAGUCAGUUAGUCAGUCAGUGGAGAAGGGAGCGAGCCGGGGCUGCGGGCGGCCACGCAACUUCCGCUUCUUCACCCGUCACCGCAGCCCGAGACUAACUGACUGACUGACCGCCCGUGGGCGGCUGGGGAGGGAGAGUAAUAACCUGAAAGACUCGAGUGGCUGCGUUGUGUGAAGAGGAGGCGCCGCCGCCGCCGUUGUUGUUGUUGUUGCUGCUGCUGUCUCCUCAGGCCCGGCCGGACCGGGACGGCGCCAGGCGAACGACGUGGGGGACCCGGCAGGAACCGGACCGGCAUCCGUAGCCUGAGAGCGGCCGCGCCGAGCUCCAUGAAUGGAAAUCGGCAGCGCAGGACCCGUUGGGGCUCAGCCCCUGCUGAUGGUGCCCAGACGACCUGGCUAUGGCACUAUGGGCAAACCCAUUAAACUGCUGGCCAACUGCUUCCAAGUUGAAAUCCCAAAGAUUGACGUCUACCUCUAUGAGGUAGAUAUUAAGCCAGAUAAGUGUCCUCGGAGGGUGAACAGGGAGGUGGUAGAUUCAAUGGUGCAGCAUUUUAAAGUGACAAUAUUUGGGGACCGCAGACCUGUUUAUGAUGGUAAAAGAAGCCUUUAUACAGCCAAUCCGCUCCCCGUUGCAACAACUGGGGUUGAUUUGGAUGUAACAUUGCCUGGAGAAGGUGGUAAAGAUCGUCCCUUCAAGGUGUCAAUAAAGUUUGUUUCCCGGGUGAGCUGGCACUUGCUGCAUGAGGUUCUGACAGGACGAACCUUGCCUGAACCUCUGGAAUUAGACAAGCCAAUCAGCACUAACCCUGUUCAUGCUGUCGAUGUGGUGCUACGACACUUACCCUCCAUGAAGUAUACACCUGUAGGCCGCUCCUUUUUCUCUGCUCCAGAAGGCUAUGAUCAUCCCUUGGGAGGUGGCAGGGAAGUAUGGUUUGGAUUCCAUCAGUCUGUUCGACCUGCAAUGUGGAAAAUGAUGCUGAAUAUUGAUGUUUCUGCCACUGCCUUCUACAAAGCACAACCUGUAAUUCAGUUUAUGUGUGAAGUUCUCGAUAUUCACAACAUUGACGAACAGCCACGACCUCUGACUGAUUCUCACCGGGUAAAAUUCACCAAAGAGAUAAAGGGUCUGAAGGUUGAAGUGACUCACUGUGGAACAAUGAGACGAAAGUACCGUGUCUGUAACGUUACACGGAGACCUGCCAGUCAUCAAACUUUCCCAUUGCAGUUAGAAAAUGGUCAGACUGUGGAGAGAACAGUAGCACAGUACUUCAGAGAAAAAUACAACCUGCAGCUGAAAUAUCCUCAUCUUCCUUGUCUACAAGUGGGACAGGAGCAGAAACACACCUAUCUGCCUCUUGAAGUUUGUAACAUCGUGGCAGGCCAGCGAUGUAUCAAGAAACUAACAGACAAUCAAACAUCAACCAUGAUAAAAGCAACAGCAAGAUCUGCGCCAGAUAGACAAGAAGAAAUCAGCAGAUUGGUGAGAAGUGCUAAUUAUGAUGCCGACCCAUUUGUUCAAGAAUUUCAGUUUAAAGUCCGUGAUGAGAUGGCUCAUGUGACAGGGCGUGUGCUUCCAGCUCCCAUGUUGCAGUACGGAGGGCGGAAUCGAACAGUUGCAACACCAAGUCAUGGUGUGUGGGAUAUGCGGGGAAAACAGUUUCAUACUGGUGUGGAAAUCAAGAUGUGGGCAAUUGCUUGCUUUGCAACACAGAGACAAUGUCGUGAAGAAAUACUGAAGGGUUUUACAGACCAGCUGCGCAAAAUUUCCAAGGAUGCAGGAAUGCCAAUCCAAGGUCAACCAUGCUUCUGUAAAUAUGCACAAGGUGCCGACAGUGUGGAGCCUAUGUUCCGACACCUUAAAAACACAUAUUCUGGGCUCCAGCUCAUCAUAGUCAUCCUACCAGGGAAAACACCAGUGUAUGCCGAGGUGAAGCGUGUGGGGGACACACUUUUGGGGAUGGCCACGCAGUGUGUUCAAGUCAAGAAUGUCAUAAAAACAUCUCCUCAAACCCUCUCUAACUUGUGCCUAAAGAUUAACGUAAAACUGGGAGGAAUCAACAACAUCCUUGUACCUCAUCAACGACCUUCUGUGUUCCAACAACCAGUGAUUUUCUUGGGAGCAGAUGUUACUCAUCCACCUGCUGGGGAUGGAAAGAAGCCAUCUAUCGCUGCUGUUGUAGGUAGUAUGGAUGCCCAUCCAAGCAGGUACUGUGCCACAGUGAGAGUUCAAAAACCCCGCCAGGAGAUCAUCCAAGACUUGGCCUCCAUGGUUCGAGAACUUCUCAUCCAGUUCUACAAGUCAACACGCUUCAAGCCGACACGAAUAAUCUUCUACCGUGAUGGGGUGUCAGAAGGGCAGUUUCGACAGGUGUUGUAUUAUGAGCUGCUAGCAAUUAGAGAGGCCUGUAUCAGUCUCGAAAAGGAUUACCAGCCUGGCAUAACAUAUAUUGUUGUUCAGAAGAGGCAUCAUACAAGGCUGUUUUGUGCUGAUCGGACAGAAAGGGUUGGAAGAAGUGGGAACAUCCCAGCUGGAACAACUGUAGAUACGGAUAUCACACAUCCUUAUGAAUUUGAUUUUUACCUCUGUAGCCAUGCAGGAAUACAGGGUACCAGCCGUCCUUCACAUUAUCAUGUAUUGUGGGAUGAUAACUGUUUUACUGCAGACGAACUUCAGCUGCUAACUUACCAGCUCUGCCACACCUAUGUGCGCUGCACACGAUCCGUGUCUAUACCUGCACCAGCGUAUUAUGCUCACCUGGUGGCAUUCAGAGCAAGAUAUCACCUUGUAGACAAAGAACAUGACAGUGCUGAAGGAAGCCAUGUUUCAGGACAGAGCAAUGGGAGAGAUCCCCAAGCCCUUGCGAAGGCUGUACAGAUUCACCAAGACACCUUACGCACCAUGUACUUUGCUUAGCUAUAAAAAAAAUAUCAGUGAGACCGGAGCCUAUUCACGAAAGGAAGAACUGCAGAAAUUAGCCACAUACAGUGUAUGUUUAAAGAAGGGUCAGUUCAUUGGGGAGGGGGAUACCUCUGCCACUGCUGAAACUGAUCCUAUGGGAGGGGGCAUGGGCCUUAUCCUUGUUUUGACACAAGGAAGAUUGUUUACUUCACCGAGAACACGGCACUUAUUAUGCAAUAUGAAACCAGCCAACUGCUUUUGAAGCAGCCUCCAAUGGGAAGUGCUGCCGUCAUCGUUGUUGUCUUUUCCUUUGUGUGUGUUUUUUCUUGUAGUCUAACCCUUUUUUAUGCCUUUACCUCAAGUUGCUCAGCAGCACAACUCUUUCUGCAAAAAAGAAACAAUUAUUACGGUAUUAAAACUUACAGGAGCAAUCAAAAAAGUGAUUGUUGGGGUGGGCAAGUGAAGUGAAGUAGAGAAUGUGCAAAAAUGUUUUUAUCCUUUGGGUACCCCUACGAGGGUAGCCGGUGGCUUCCCCUCAAUGGCUGUCAGCACUUGAAUGUGACCAUAGCAAGUGUGUUUGUAUGUUUGAGUGAGCAACUCCACAGAGUAUGUUGUGGGAAAGGCUGUGUGUAUAGUGCAUUUGCAGAUCCAUUGAUCCCAGUGUGGUUUAGCCAACUGCUGCCUUUUGUGUCUGUCUUCAUUGCUUGGAGUUGCUCCACUCAAGUCUAUUUCUGUACCAUAACUAAGUUAACCAUAAACGUUGAUGCUGGCAGUAGCGAUACAACCUGAUGAGAUUAAUGAAGCUGCCGCUUUCUCCUUGUCCAGAAGUUUCAGCUAAUUUUACAUCUUGUGUGCCAUGUGUAUACCUUCUGAGCUUCUUGUGACAGCAGAUCUCCUCCCCUGUUUUGCCAGGGUGACGUGUAAUAUCCAUUCAAGUACAGACACUAAGUUGAGGUCUCUCUUUUUUAAAAAUGAAAAAAUAUAUAUUAGUUGACUCGCUGCCUCUCACUUUAAUGUGAUUGCAUAUAUAUAUCUAUAUAUACGUGUACUUUGAGGUUUAGCUUCCUUUUUUCUUUUAUAUUUAUUAGAGUAAUAAUAAUGCUUUAAUUUAAGUCAGUGUAUUGGCGACAUCAGUUUUAAUGUUUAGAAACAUAACUAUUUUGUUUUAGAGAACUGACAAUGUUUUUGCUAUCUUUUAGUGCAAUAAGCCUUUGCAAAGGAGAAAAAUCUGUCCAUUUUUGCUGUGCACAAACAGCAGCAUUUUGCACCACUGCUAGUGGGAGAAUGGACAUGUUCGUGCACUUAAAAGGACAAAGUUAGCCUUAAUUUUGAAAGGAAAGUCUUGUAAUAGGGAGGAUUCCCUUUUUUAAUGCAUAAAAAGGCAAACCCUUUCAUGCUGCUAGCAGACUACAAGCUUUAAUACUGUCUAGUAAUGCAGGAUUUUUGCUCUGCUGCACCCUGGGGUUGGAGGGCAUGGUUUUUCCCAGCACAGAAGAAAUUCAGGUUUUUAGAUCUGUCCAGAUGACAUUGAGCAAAAGUCUAAAAGGGGGCAUGAAGAUUUUUUAAAAGCAGUUUUUGAUCAUGUAGACUUUCCUUUUGAAACUGAGUGCUUCAUUUCAUUUUACAAAUAAAGCUACAGAGGGCUGGGAUACACUUAAGUGAGAUCACUGAAAUGUGAAUCAGAUGAAUGGGCCUCUUUUCAUUCCACUUUGAAGCUGAAGCAAAGUAUUUUACAAGAUGAUGAAGAUGAGCAUUGAACUCAGUAGCAGGGAUUCAGGGGCGUUUUGCACUUUGUAAACACAUGAACUGCAUUUGUGACUGCUUUUUUUGCACUGGUUUUAUAGUAUAUAUGCAUAGAUAUAUACUGCAGAUGGUUCAUAUGGGCAUUGCUAGUAACCCAGCCCUGCUGAAACAAACAAACAAACCGUUCUCCACAUGAAAACCAUUUCACUGGUUGAAGCAUCUUUCUUAUAUUGUGCUGUCUUCAAAGUGACCCACUAUAUUUGCCAAUUUACUGUAUUUUCAGCUGAAAAAUCUGAGCCCAUUUUGCUCCAACAGGCCUGAACCUUUCCUAUUUCUUCUCUCCCCACCCCACCCCCACUAGAAAACUUAAGUACUGUGUUUUAUAUGCUUUCUUGUGCAGGCAUAUGCUGCUGUUCAUGGUGUCUCAAAAUGCUUUACUGCACUUGUGAUCUAGUGAAGUUUACUCCCAGUUUCAGCAAAAUGGUACAAUGCACACUUAACCUCUUGGGGGCAAGAAUCAAAGUGCACUUGAAAUAAUUGUGAUGGGGAGCAGCUUGCCUUAGGGGGUUGGGAAGAAGUGUGCACUAAGAUGAAAGGGGAAACUGCUAGAACCAAAAGAGUUCUUAAUGAAUUGAAUUGCAAGUGGCUGUUUUCAUGCUUCAAUCUCUGGAAGUUUCCUAGCUGAGGAUACUUCAUGCACUGUACUUAUGCUUGAAUUCCUAGCAUGAAAUGACUGCGGGGAAUUCAAAACCAGCCUGCUUAGGCCCCAUGAUGUGGCCAAUGGACUCAGACUUCACCUCCUCUGUCCUUCACCCCCCUGCCUAAAGAGAACAUACAUCACUUGUUGUCAGGGUAGCCUAGUAAAUUUCCCUGGAGCUUGAGGUCAAGUUUAACGGUUCUAAUAUGGGUGCAUCACAACAAAUCUUCACUAAUAUUAAUGUUAAGUUUUUUCUCUUCCAAGGAUUGUCACUUUAAAAGGCUCCAGUGGGAAUUCUUACUCAGUGUUUCACAAUUGAGAUUUUAAAAGUGAGUUGUGGAACAUUGGGACCUCUGCCCCCCCCCUUUUUAAAGACCUUCUAGCUGUUUAUACCAAGAUGCACUAUAAUAUUUAUUUCCUGACCUGUCCCUAGAAUGGUGGCUCUAAAGCCUCCUUUGCUGCAGCCAUCACCUUCAUCCUUCCAAAGUGAAAAUGAUUUAGAGCCCAACAGAGAAGCACCUUUAAAAUACUUGUACACAGUGCUAGUGUGAUUGAUUUUCAUGUGGAGAGGAGAUGGUAACUUAAAAACAAACCGGAAUAUAUUUUAAUUUUGAAACUGUCUUUGUCAAGUGCCGAUAAAAUUUGUAAUACACUGGCCUGGUUCACACCUAAAUGCUAAGCCAUGGUUUGAUUAACAAACCACAAGUUAACCACCGGUUGUCUCAUAGACGAUCAACAAACCAUAACUUGUUUCUUCAAAGUUGCUUUGGGUUUUCCAGCUGCUCUUGGUUUGUGCCUAUGUAGCUUAGUGAGAGGGUGGGGUGGCCAAAUAAAUGUUUAAGGAAGGGUGAAGGGUUUGGGUGUAACAGCAAGCCAUAGUUAAAACAAACGAAGGUUUGUAAGCCAACAAAAAAAAUCAUGACUUCAGGUUGUGGUUAGGCGCUAAACAAACUGUAGUUGGGUUGAUGGCAGGGUUUGGAGGCUCAAACAACAAACUAUGGGUUAAUAAACAAUGACUUAGUAUUAUCUGCGAGCCAGGCCAAUAUCAAUGUACUGGCAUUGAAGGCCACCUGUACUACAGUACUGUAGCUGCUAUAUUUAUUUAAAUGGAGGUGGGCAAUUACUGCACUAAGGAAAAAGGGCAGGUGAACAGGAAUCCAAUUUAAGAAGUAGUAUUCUGAUUUUUGUUGUUUCAAAAGCAAUUUUAACAGUGUGAUAUAUCAAAGGGUGCUGUCUUAACCAAGAUUAUAAAAUAGCCAGAUAUUCUUCCUUUGUUUUGAAAGACUUAAGAUAUAUUUUGACGUUUGCAGUGGAUGGGUGGAGGUGGGGAUGGGAGGAAAUAAACGGUACCUCAUCUGUGGUGGCAGUUCCCAGUAUAUUUUUCACAAGAUUAUAUGGACUUUUAUUUUUGUACAUGCUCUCUGUUUUUGUUUUCUAAAAAAGCUUUCUUGAAUUUUAAUGUGCUUUCAUGAAAAUUUCCGCCUGUACAGCCGAGACAGCUGUCUGUUCAGCCUAUAUAGGUACAAAAGUGUAGGUUUAAUGGUUUUGUGCACCCAGCUUGGCCUUGUUCUUUGUUCAGUAUGCGUAUUCCUGCCUAGGAUGGUUGCUGUAACUCCCCCCACCCCGGUUGUCCUAUUUCUCACUUGUACUUGCAAGAGCCACUGUCCUCUCUCCAUCACCACUCCAUACCUGAGAGUUGCUUGGUGCUGAGUUCUGUCCACCAUGAAAACACAGUGCAUUGUUCUCCAUAUGUUUUGAACUACAACUUCCAUCAGCUUCAGGCUGAAUAAAGCUGAGCUAACAGAAUGUGCCCCUCUGUAGGUAGGGACUUUUCUUUUGUGCCAUUGGGCUUGCUCUCUGUCAGGUACAAUUCCCAUUAAUUUCAGCAAGUCAGUAGUGCUAGGGCUGGAUUUCCAAAGGCAGAAUUGAUGACUUUUGGGCAACCCUAGUAGUACAAAGCAUUAGAGUCCUACUGGCUAACCUUCGUCAUCUAAGCAACAGCUGCUAAGAGGGGCAUUAUUAAAAGACAUCGGACCGAAAGGUUCAUUCUGUGGGGUCUUUCACACAUAUGUGUGUGAGACUGUGUUAGAACGUAAAGAUCUCAGGAGUGUUAGAUGAAAAAUGUUAAAAAUAAUGGCAAGGGUGCUUCCCAAAGCUUCCUUUGGGAUAUUUCUGCAAGACUGAAAGUCUAUCUGCUUGUAGAUAUCCUUUGACUCUGUGUGUUCCCCUAUGCAAAUUAUUGUGACUUAUUAACCACCCAUGUAACCUUCCUGUUGUAUAGCUUUUCUGCUAGCUGUUUUUGAUGAUGGCAACACCCUGAAUCUGUCAGAUUUUCCCACUUGGUAGGUAAGUGAUUCAUUGAAUGGAUUUUUAGUGCUAUGAACUGAUAGAACAAUUACCUUUUCAACUGGAAGAGUUGUUUGUGUGUCUGCAAAGUGGGAGCAGGACAUAUCUUUUUAAUCAACUUCCACUUCCCAUCCUUUUCACUUUAGGGCAGUUUGUCCAUGCAUAUUGAGCUUGUGGUGAAUGGAACCUCAAGCAUUGUCUGGCAUAUAGAAAAUGGCCAUCAUGGGUUAAACACCAGGCAGAGCUUUCACUAUUGCCUCAAGCACAGCAACGUCUAUUAAGACAUGCUCAGCUUCAAGUUAUCCUCUGAUGUACUUGACCCUUAUGUUUUUUGGAAAGCUAAACAACUCCUGGGGAAUGUGCAGGUCUGCUAAUACCUGCUUGUUAAUUAUCAUAUUUACAAAUGCUUGGAUUUCACUAUGAUGAGAGACAAAGCUGUUAGAUGCCAGACCCUCCUUUAUGACUUGCCAGUUUAUUCUCUGUAACCUUGGCUUUGCUGAUAAAGAGGUUAUGACUAAGUAACCACUGGGGAAUGAGGAACAAAGACCCUGGAGUGGGAACUGGAGAACAGUUUGAAAAAUUAAACUGAAGGAUUGACUCUGCAGGAGGUAAAAUGUUGAAAGACGAGAAUCAUGUCUAGCAUCUUUCAGUCCCAUUUCCAUAUUAAAAUUGUGUCUGAAUUACCUCUGGCAGGUAUGUAACUAUAAAGACCUAUUUAAAAAUGAAGUAGCUCUGCCAUCUGAAACUUGGAGGGUUUUAUUCAUUCAAAGCAAGACAGUCCUCAAAGUGCCUUUUUAGAAGAUGGUGCUGUAGAUUUUUCUUUCUUUCUGAAGCUGUAUAUUGCUGGGUGAUGGGGGGAUAGAAGCAUUUAGUGAAAACACGCCAAGUUCUUGAUGAUACCACUUGUAGUGUUGAGUACUAUGUAGUACCCCACCCCAAAAUAAUCAGGACCAAGAUAAGAGUGGACCAUACUAUAUUUGGGGAAAAUAAUGGUACUGAUAACUUGAUUAAAAUCCACUGUGUGGAUCUAAGACACUUUAGGGUUUUUAGGGCAAGUAGCCCAGGACACUUGUAAGCACUAAAUGUUUAUUCAGAGGCCACAAACUAUGAAAUUGUGGUAAGCAGCAUGUGCCCCUGAAGCUAUAUGUGUAUCUUUAAAGUUGUUAAAAUUCUGAAAAUCCCAGCUUUAACUGUAGACCUUUUGUAAAAAGCAGAGCCCUAGUCCUCAUGGUUGCAAUGGCAAAUGUUGAUGGCAAAAAUUUGCAGCAUGGCCUUUUGGUGCUGAGCAGGUCUGCUGCCCCGAAAUUUAAAAAAAAAAAACUUUUUUAAAAGAAAAGUGCUGUACAGCCAGUCUUGUCUUUAAGCUUUUUAUCAGUCAGGAAAAAACUAAUAAACACUGCACCUCUGUAGCAGCAAAAUGCUGUAAAAGUAAUAAUAACAAAGUUGUAGUGAUUACACUGUAAAACUACUUGCACACACCUGCAAAAAAAUCCAGUUAUGGUCUUAAUGGUACCAAUAGAAUAUUUUUCAAGGAAAAUUUGUGUCCCUUUGUGGUUAGAUUAUUGGUCACCUCUGUAGUUUAUGUGCCAUCAUCUCUUUUUCCUGACUAUUGGCUGCCAUUUUUAUGGAAGAGUUUAUCAGGCUUUGUCUUUACAAUAAUGUUCUUGCUAUAACUUUGCAAUCCAGGGUUUCAGGGGAACUGCGAGGGCAAAGGAUAAUCUCAUCCAAACCUACUUUCAUAUCUGUCUUCGGCAUCCUGGAACUCUCAGUGCAGUGCUGGAUUGUAGAGGAGGCCAGUUGUUCAUUUGAACAAUAGUCUAAUGCUUUGGCACAAAAAGAAAAAAAAAAGUUAUUUGGAUUAGGCAACAGCCUAUUUUAAUUUGUUAUGAUGCAGGCUAUCGGAAAGAAUAGGAGUUGUGGCCUGCACAUACAUUCUGCCUGCCUGAUGCUAACACCAUGCUUCUCCAUGUUACUUGGCCAGAAUGCUGACUGCCUAUACUUAAGGAUGAAUGAUCCCUUCUCAACCACUCUCUCCAGAGGUGUGGAAGCUUUUGUGACUCCAAGUGAUGGUUGCCUUAAUUCACACGUGCAUUGCCCAUUAAUCUUCGCAUAUAAGUUUAUAUAGUUCCCUUCUUGAAUAACCUUAUCCAAAGACAGUGUAUUAAAUUGUUCAGUAUGCACUGCGGCAUCUGUGCUAAUAGUAAUUUAACUAACUUUUUUAAAAAAAAAAUGAAUUAUAUAAUCUGAAAUCAAUUGCUCUGUUGUUUUUGACCCAGUGGCCAAUCCUAGCUGAUAGCUUAAUAGCACAUAUGGUAUGGUUCUAGUUUAAAUGUGCACAAGGGUUCUUGACUAUUAGUUAUUCCAAAAGGGUUGAGCAAAAUACUGAAUACACAGCAGUGGGAAAGUUAAGGGUGGAUAUUGAAGUACAUACCUUUUUUUGUAAGAAUGGCUUGCUAUUAGAAUAGGCUGCCUCCAAAGAUAUGGUGGUAUUGGCUUUAACUGUACUAGCUUUCUAGAGGUGCAGAUGCUACCCCAGUGGCAAAACUCUCUAACUGCAACCCAGUCAACUUUUAAUCUAUUAAUUGUUCAACUUCAGCCAAUUAAUCAAUUAAUUGAUCAAUUAAAUUUGCAUAUGGGUAAAACCAAUAUUUCUGAAGAAGCAUUUUUUUUAGUUGAUGCACACAUGUCAUAACAUGCAUAAUCUUAAAAUGCAUUAUUCCUGUGUGAAAAAGGAAAGUGAUUCUUUUCAGAUUAUGCUCACCCUCUGCAAUUUUUAUAAGCACUUUUAUUAAAAUUUUAAUGUACAUAUAUGUGUGUGUGUGUGUGUCUUCUGCCCAAGUGUCCUCGGGAACAUUUUCCAUCCCUACUAUGAAUGUUCCAUAAGAGAAAAAAUUAGGUGAAUUGUCACAGGCUGCAAUCCUAUAUGUGCUUACCUGGGAGUAAACCCCAUUGCACUAUUUGGUGCUUACUUCUCAGUAGACAUGCAUUGGACUGUGCUGUGAAAGUACCAUAGAGGUGCCUCUGACUUUGCCAUGUAUGAAAACAGACUAGAUGUUGUCCCAUUUCAAGUGGUCUCUGGCAGAAUUUGUUUACAGAUACUUCCAGAACUUUUUCUAAUACUUUUAUUAUUUUUAAUGUUAAAUCAUAGAAAUAAUUUCAAAACCUAAUGCACUUUCGACUGUAGGGAAUGGGGGGGGGAUGGAGCAACCUCUGAAUGCAAUACUUUUGUUGGGACCGACCCCAAAGUCUAAAAAAAGUGACACAUUUUUAUUUUAUUAUUAAUUAACACCUUAAUUAUUAAUAAUUAAUACCUUUAUUGAAUUGUGGACUUCAGAGGGUUGCUGUUGUUUUUUAGAUGGACCAACAUAGCUUCCUAUGCUUUUUAAAUUAGAGGAGUUGCUUCUUCCUGGUGACUUAUAUCUGAUUUUGCAGGUUCUCCUUUAGUGGGAAAUCUACUUAGUGUUUGGCUUAUUAUGCGUGUCUAGCGGGGGUGGGGGGGUGGGGAAGCGAGGAAGCAUAUGUGUGCCUCACUCUUAAGAUGGGGUCUCAUUCAUCCUCCAUCUAGAGCACUGAUCAGGUCCGCACCUGCUUAACUUCAGUAGUAGUUGUACCAUUAGUUGUGUGGAGACCAUUUGCUAGGCCUGACCUUACUAGGUGUCGCAUGUCUUGUUCUCUCUUUUUUUAAAAUUUAUUUGCAGCUUCGAGAGAGGAAAACACUCAUCAUUUCCUACCCACUCCAAGCUCUCCAGACAAGUGCGGGAUACUUCUAUAAUCAUGCCCUCAGGGUGUUUAAGUGCAAUAUUCAUCAUCCCUGACAGUAGCCAUGCUGACUGAGACUGAUGGGAGGGCACAUCUGGAGGGCACCAUGUUGGCUACCCCAUUUAUAGGUUAUUUUGUAAAAAUGUGUUUAUGUCUAUAUUAUAUACACAUAUAAACAUAGAUGUAUACUCUAUAAACCAGUGGUUGCCAACAUGGUGCCCUACCAUGUGUGUGCGCACACACAUCCUGUGUCUUUUCCAAUAUGCAUUGAUGAUGCAAUGCAAGUGCAACGUUGAGAGGAGAGGCACAGGCUAGCUGGGCUGGUCAGAUGCAGCAGAUUUGAACAUGACCUGCUGCCGAAACCAUACAGCAGAGUUUUGCAGAGCUGGCACUGAAGCCUGACAGGAAGGUUUGGCUCCUGACCUGGUAUCUUUUCUUCUGUUACCAGAAGUGUGCUGGACUCAGAGGUGCUCUUUGGGAGCUGAACCCUACUUUCCCAAGAUAGUUUUGGGGACUAAAUCUUUUCAAAGUUUGCUGCAAAACAUUAAAUAACUUUCCCAGUUUACUAGUUCUCAGUCCACAAUUUGUUUCUCAAAAGAGCCAAUCAAAAGCUAAUGGAGAGCGUUAUGCCAAUCCUUUAUUUGGAACAGAUGAUGCUCUUAAGAAAAAGCUUAAAGGCCUCUUGGUCUCAGACUGGGAAGUUGACAGGAGAAAAACCAUAGAACCCUCCCUAUUGUGACAAAAUCCUUGUCUUGCUUUCCAUUCUGUGCUUUGAACAGUGCACCUGUUUCUUGCUUCCUUCCUCCCUGCACUCCACAGCAUAGACUAGGAAGCACUUCAGACAAGCAAGAAACUGGUGCCUUUGUAACUGCAUUAUCCCCAAGCCGCUUUCCUGCUUAGAAUUCAGUGGCAUUGGACUUUGGUGUGAGGCGUUAAGUAAUUUAUCUCAGUUUACCAAUACCCAGUCCACAAUGUUGCUUUUUAAAAUAGCUGCCCAUUAAUUUUUUGGAUAUCUGUUUAACUGACUUUAAAGUUACUCCUGUCCAUUACCUAAGAAUUCAUGUAGUCAUAGUAGUCACCUGAACUGAUCUAAUCUGUCGUCUCUCUUUCACGUUGCUCAUUUUUACUGAUUCCUUUGUUUAUGGUCCCUUUGUGCUUGCUGUGCACUCGGCUUGAUGGUAGUCUUUUUUUGAGGUGGAUUAUGAGGAAUUUGAAGAAUGUUGUGUGGUGAAUAUAGUGGAGCAGGGUGAUGAAGGAGAGCUAUUGUAGAGUCAGAAAACUUUGGUUGCAGGAAAGGAGCAGGGGCUGAGAAGAAUACAUGCAUAUUCCAUGGGCACACUGGGUCAUACUAGUGGAAUUGUUCAGAUGGAUUGUACAGCAAAUUCAGGCACAGAAAACUUGUUUGGCAGGAGCAGAUUCAGGCCCCCUUAGUUUAGAUUCUACUUCCAUCAAAUGCCCCAGGGAAACUCACAAGCAGGACAUGAAUAUAGCCUUCCUCUAUUAUAUCUCCAACAUCCUGGUCCUCCAGACUUAAGCACUGAGGCCAAGAGGCUUGCUGAAUGUCAGGUUUGAGCACGAGCAACAUAAAGAUUUUACUCACUUACUCACUCACUCACUGUAUUGCCUGUGUCUAGUCAUAUCUGUUUGUCUACAUUUAAGGAAUGAGCUUUUUGUUCAGAAAAGUUUCAGGCUGUACUUUCUGAAAUGCAGGCAGCAGACGGCAAGACUAUUCCACUUUUAAUCAUGAGCACUAUUGACAGUUCCUCCUCCUCCCAGCAGCAGUGUGUGUUUGAGGGGUGGGUGGGUUCAAACCUAUUCAAUAUCUCAUUUUAGGAGAAGCAAAUCUCCAGCUUUUUUGAUGGAAAUUCUUGACGCCUGUGAUAUGAUAGAUUUUUCAUUUUUCAAGUAGCAAAAAAGUCUCAUUAGAAUCUGAUGUAGCAUGGACAUUUCUCCAUGGAAUGUUCUCUGUAUUGGAGAGUGUUGUUUCUCAAAAUACAGUUUCAUAAAAUAAGCAACACAAUGAAUGAUUACAAUGCUAGUUUCAAAGUGUAAUUAAGUUUUUGUUUCAGGUGAUUAUCCCUAGGAACAUUAAUUGUGUUAAUGAUUUUUUUCCUCCUGAUUAAAAUUGUUUAGUUUUACUACUUUUGAAUAUUGGGAAAAUGUGUUUAUAGAAUACAUAAAAUUAAUGUGGCAUACUUUUGUGUACACAUGCCAGAUAUGCUAAAUUAGAUCACAGUUUAAGUCACUGAAACAAACAUCGCAAAAAUGUUUUGAAUCAAAGUUUAUGAAAGACCAUUGUUAAGGGAUUUCAGUACAUGCUAAAGUAGAAUAUUUCUAGUAAAAUGUUUUUCUAGCUUGGACUUUAGGGUCAUUUUUUCUGACUAUUGGCUCUGUUAGAGACUGUAUUUUGUUCUCAGCUCAGCUUUGACGUGAUCUAGGAGUUUGGACUCCAGGUUGGAUAUGGCUUGUUUGAGUAUGAAUUUAUUUGCACAUGUGGAAUCAUUAAGUUACCUGUGGGGAGUGGCUGUUGGGUUUUAAACAGCAAGCUGCCAUUUUGCCAUUUCACCAUACCUGAAAGGUAUGUAUUAGCAACCAUUCUCACAAGUCAAUUAUUCCCAAUACACAUUGAAAAUUAAAAUGGAUUCUGAAAUUAUGUUUUAUUGUACAGUCAUGUGGUCAGGCAAGUUUUCUGAGGUUUUCCCCGCAGACCAUGUUAAAAAAUGACUUGUCCUAGAUGAUUGCUCUUCCAGUUUGUCCACACGAAGGGACAGGGGUUGAUGAGGUUUCGGUUCUGCAUGCUUGGCACAAAUGGUCCAUUGUGACAGGAAGAAGGCAGCUUGCAGUGACAUGUAGGUUGAUCACAGGGCUCUUUGAUGCAUGACUGCUAACUGUAUGGGUACCUUCUGUCUAAGAGAAUUGUAUGUAUGCUACAUGUGACAAGCACACGGGUGUCUAUUUGGCCACAUCCACACACAGUGAGAACCUGUUGCCAAUCACUGCAUCCUUUCUACAUGCAUCUGCACAUGGACCUAUGCAUGUUGGUCUCGUGUUACAGGGGACAGGUGCUUUAUGCAAGGUAUUCCUGUAUGGAAGAUAUAUCCAUGAGAGAAAUGACCCUUCAAGCAGUUUCCUUAAUAAGGCAGACUUUAAACUGUGUAACAGUAUAGUAUUAACAUUGUGUGUGUGUAGUUAGGGGGACAAAUGUAAGCUCCAUCCUCAAGACAUUCCGUUCACUGUGGGUCCAUCAGGUGCUUGGGGCUGCACUGAGCAGUUGGUCUGCUAUAAGAAAUGCAUAGCAUGGCAGAUUGGAGGUGCCCUUUUGCCUUUGUGUGGGGCAUUGUGUUGGUGAUGUCAACACUAUUCUGUGUGCCAUUGCAGGGACACAUUUCUUAAGAAUCCAGCUGUAGGCCAGCUAUAGUUUCACAUUCUCCUAGGAACAUGUUGGUGCUGCACUUCAGCUUAAGGCCCUUGGUUGUAAAUUUCUGAUGACUUCUUGCUUUGUGGGGCACUGCCGUUUUGCUUUCUGAGAGAAGCAUAGGAUGAGUUUGAAAUCUCUGGGUGUUCUUGUAGGUUCUCCCCCGCCCCCUU